UUUUUUCUACACCACUUUCUUCACUACCUCAAACCCCACUCUUCUCUGCAACUUUGAUGAACUCAAAUCUCUAAAACCCUAAUUUCCCUCCCCAAAAUGCCUUUGGGAAAACCCACCACCGCCAGUUUCGUCGUCGUCGCCACCGUCCUCCUACUCCUCUUCAAUGCCGCCGUCGUAACCCCCAAGUCAACAAUCGAACCCUGCUCAAACAACGACUCAUGUAACGCCCUACUCGGCUACACCCUAUACACCGACCUCAAAGUCUCAGAACUUGCCGCCCUUUUUCAAAUCGACCCGAUUGUUCUCCUCUCUGCUAACUCCAUAGACAUCUCCUACCCCGACGUCGAAUCCCACAUCUUACCCUCUCAACUAUUCCUCAAAAUCCCCAUCAUCUGCUCUUGCGUCGACGGCAUUCGUAAAUCUGUAGCUACACAUUACAAAACUCGUCCUUCUGAUACCUUGUCGAACAUCGCUGACGCUGUGUACGGCGGACUUGUCUCGGCUGACCAGAUUAAGGAGGCUAAUUCCAUAUCGGAUCCUUCUGUGCUUGAUGUAGGGCAGAAUCUUGUUGUGCCUUUGCCUUGUACGUGUUUUAAUGGAACCGAUAACUUUUUGCCUGCGAUUUACAUGUCGUAUGUGGUGAGACCGGUGGAUACAUUGGCGGGGAUCGCGGCGAGGUAUAAGACGACCACGACGGAUCUGAUGGGUGUUAAUGCUUUGGGUAAUGCAGCCAUUGAAGAUGGCGAUAUUCUUGCUAUUCCUUUACCAGCUUGUGCAUCAAACUUUCCAAGAUCUGCAUCAGACUAUGCAUUAUCUGUACCCAAUGGAGGCUAUGCAAUCACAGCAGAUCAUUGUGUGGAAUGUAGUUGCACAGCAGGAAGCAGAUUAUAUUGUCAACCAGCUUCAUUAUCAGUUUCUUGUUCAAGUAUGCAAUGUAAAAGCAGUAACCUAAUGCUUGGAAAUGUCACUGUUCAACAAAGUAGUGCUGGAUGCAAUGUCACUUCUUGUGGUUAUGGUGGAUUUGUUAAUGGAACUAUAAUCACAACGUUGUCGAGUUCUCUUCAACCACGAUGCCCAGGGCCACAGGUGGUGCCGCCAGUAACAGCACCACCUACGGUGGUUAGCCCAGACAUGGUAUUGGCUCCGGCCCCUUCACCCGGUCAACUCGGUGGGUCACCCAUGGCGGGUCUUCCCAGCUCGGUGGUGCCAUCAAGUGGGUCAAGUAUAGUCCUACCUCCAGCUGCAAAUGGUCCAAGUGGGUCAAGUAUCAAUGGAGCUUGCACCUUGGUCAACCCGUUGACCACUUCCUUCAUAUCCAUUGGUCUGGUUUUGUUUCUCAAGGUGGUGAAGGUCGUUCCAUUCUUGUAAUAUUUUGGGGGAUAUGAUCUUUGAAACAUGUGUUAUUGUUGUUGUUGUUGUAUAUUUAAGCUUGAUUUAUGCCCGAAAAAAAAAUGUGUACUUUUUACACGGGAUUCGGCUAAUUUUGUGGUAUGAGAUUAGGUGGGUUUUGGAACUUGACAUUUGAUGAAAUGAAUCUUGAUGAUUUGGGGA